ACAACCUCGGCGACGUCGGGCAUCAUUCUAUUUGAUUUUUUUUCUUUAUUGAUGUUUUAUUUGAAUAUGCGCAGUUGCCGCGCCGCGUUUAGUUUGUUCUGGAACCACGCGGGUGUUGACGCGUUAAGCGCUUCUCAUUUCAGACGCUGAUCUCGUGGCUGCUUUGCCCGCAGUAAUGCAUUUGCUGCAGCCGCUGGCACCUGUCCACUAACGCCGCUCGGCUCCUCGCCUCUCGUCUCCGUCGUUGCGGCCCCGCGACCCACUGCGGUUCCGGCUCGGAGGGGAAAGGUACCACAUAGCGGCGCGGUCAUCAUGGCGUCGCCGGGGGGCGUGGACCAGAGCAUGAAGCCGGUUCUGUUCGAGAUAUUCGGCGAGAUCUGGAACGUGCAGUCGCGGCUCGGGCAGGGGGUUUCGGCCUCGGUGUACCGGGUGAGCUCCGGCCGGGCCGCCGCCACCACCGCCGCCGUCAAGGAGUUCCAGGCCGACGCUCAGGGAGGAGACUACGGGUAUCACAAGGAGAGGUCCGUGCUGGAAGACAUCCAAGGGCACAAAAACAUAGUGACGCUGUAUGGGGUAUUCACAAAUCAUAGCUGUGUGGGCGUGUCCACCCGCUGUCUUUUGCUGGAGCUCUUGGAUGUCAGCGUGUCUGAGCUGCUGGUGAGAGCCAACACCCAGACAGGCAGUGGUGGUUCCCAAGGUGGCAGUUCUCUGCAGAAAGGCCACUCUAUGUGGCUUGUCCAGCACUGUGCCAGAGAUGUCUUGGAGGCCCUCGCCUUCCUGCACAGGGAAGGAUAUGUUCACGCCGACCUCAAACCGCGCAACAUCCUGUGGAGCGCCGAUGACGAGUGCUUCAAGCUUAUCGACUUUGGCCUCAGUUUCAAAGAGGGAAACCAGGAUGUGAAGUACAUCCAGACAGAUGGGUACCGCGCUCCGGAGGCUGAGCUGCAGAACAGCCUGGCCCAGGCAGGUGUGGAAGGGGACUCGGGCUGCUCGUCUGCUGUAGACCUGUGGAGCCUGGGCAUCAUCUUGCUAGAGAUGUACUCAGGAAUCAAACUCAAAGAGACUAUCCGUUCCCAGGAGUGGAAGGAUAACAGCGUCGCUAUAGUUGACCACAUAUUUGCCAGCAACAGCCUAGUCUGCCCUGCCAUCCCUGUCUAUCAUCUCAGAGACCUUAUCAAAAGCAUGCUUCACAACAAGCCCAAGCACAGAUGUUCAGCUGAAACUGCCCUGCUGAGCCCAUUCUUUAGCAUUCCCUUUGCUCCUCAUAUUGAGGACUUAGUUCUGCUACCAUCUCCUGUCCUGCGCCUUCUCAACUUGAUUGAUGAUAGCCACCUGCAUAAUGAAGAGGAGUAUGAGGACAUCCUGGAGGACAUGAAAGAGGAGUGCCAGAAGUAUGGCUCUGUGGUUUCUCUACUCAUCCCAAAGGAAAACCCAGGAAAAGGACAGGUCUUUGUGGAGUAUGCCAACUCCAGUGACUCCAAAGAGGCUCAGAGGCUGCUGACAGGCCGUACCUUUGAUGGGAAGUUUGUUGUGGCCACCUUCUACCCCCUCAGUGCUUACAAAAGAGGUUACUUGUACCAAACUGUGCAGUGAGCUCACUCACCACAAGUGUUGA